AGUCGAUACUUGGAUGUCCUGCAGGCUGGUUGGAAAAUUUUAUAGGUGCUCGCUCCACCAUUACUCAAAAAAGAACUUUCUUGCAUAGUGCCUAAGUCUUACAUGAAAGAAUUUGCAAUUUUUGGUUUAAAAAAGUGGUUUUUCUGAAAAAUAGCAACGAUAAAAGUGACAAAUUGCGUUCUUGUUAAAAUGCAACAUUAUAAUUCAAUAGAAAGUAAUGAUUUGUGAAUGAAAACCCAUUUUCACUGGUACGCCUGGAAAUGACUUGAAAUUUAAAAACUAGGUGAAAAUACGGUGUAUCAACUAAGAAGAUAUCAUGGCAGAUAUUCAGCGACAAUUUCUUUGUCCACGUUUAAUAGAUUAUUUGGCAAUUGUUGGGGCACGCGUGAGUUCUGUCUCACGUGCCGGAAAUUCAUCUGAUCCACCAGUACAGAUUCCAGAGCUUCUUCGGCGGUAUCCGCCAACAGAUCAUGCCGAUUUUCCGUUACCACUCGAUAUGGUAUAUUUUUGCCAACCCGAGGGAUGCGUAAGCGUUGGACCUCGAAGAACUGGGUCAGCUAUAAGGGAUGCAUCCUCAUUUGUGUUUAUGCUAACAGACAAGGACUCAGGAAAGACAAGAUAUGGAAUCUGUGUGAAUUUUUAUAGACCUGUUGAAAAAGUCGUUCCCACAAAUACGGCUGCCAUCACAGGAAGUAGACGUGGGAGGAAUUCUGCUUUACGACGUGAAUCAUGGCGAAAAUCCAUUGAGCGGAGCUCAGAUUCUGCUUUUUCAAGCGAUCAUAGGAGUAGCAAUGUUGCUCCUAGUGAUUCUGAUCGAGACUGUCCAAGUCGUCGUGAUUCCGAUCCGCCUCAGCAUUCACGUCUUAGUGUAACUCAUCCUGGCACAGGUGACUCUGAAUCUGGUGGAAGUCACUCACCAUCACCUAGGGCCAGCCGCAGAAGAGCUAAAGUCCGAAACCAUUCUCUCACGUCUCUUUGUUUGCUGUCUCAUCAUCCCUUCUUCAGUACCUUCCGCGAGUGUCUUUUUAUCUUGAAGAAACUUAUAGAUGCAUGUAAUGAAUCUUCAAGUCCACGUCGUGUGGGUGCAUCUAAACAAAUUGGCAGGGAUAAUGUGUGGACCGUACUUACCGGUCAGGUGACAGAAUCCACACCAUCUAUUGUGAUACACGAUGUGAAGGAAAUUGAGACCUGGAUACUGCGUCUUCUAUCGGCUCCGGUACCAGUACCAGGCUCUACUCGAGUUGAAGUAGAGGUCCUUUCAAAUAGUGUUCAUGAGCCUCUUUUGUUUGCUCUACCAGACCAUACACGAUUUAAGCUUGUGGAUUUUCCACUUCAUCUGCCGUUAGAACUACUCGGAGUUGACACAUGCCUUAAAGUUCUAACAUUGAUCCUACUAGAGAAUAAGGUUCUCUUUCAAUCACGGGAUUACAAUGCACUUUCAAUGAGUGUAAUGGCAUUUGUUACAAUGAUCUAUCCACUUGAGUAUAUGUUUCCGGUAAUACCACUUCUUCCUACAUGCAUGAGUUGCGCUGAGCAACUCCUUCUGGCACCUACACCAUUUGUCAUUGGUAUUCCGGCAUCAUUUCUUCUUUAUAAAAAGAACUUUAGCCUUCCGGAUGAUAUUUGGCUUGUCGAUUUGGAUUCUAAUAAAUUGGUAUCAACUGGAGCUUGUGGUGAUGAUCUGCCACCACUUCCUGAACCAGAAGGAACUAUUCUCAAAAAUCAUUUAAAACAAGCUAUGCAACUGAUGGAUCAAGCUGGAUCUGGUGCAUUGAGCUCAAUGUCAACCAGUGCUGUGGCAAAUCAACCACUUCUGCCAUCAAUAAGGGAUAGUCUAGCGACACCACCAGCACUCGGGGUUUCAUCGAUUAUGCCACAGGACCCAAAUACAGCGGGUUCAACAAAUAGUAGCCAGAGAAAUUCUUUUUCUGCUCCUGGAAGUCAUACCCCACGCCAAGCGUCCCCAAUUGCUCCACCCAUAAUUAAUCCAUUUAUCUAUGUAAGCGAUGUGGAUUCCGUAGAUGUAGCUACACGGGUGGCGAUGGUGCGAUUCUUUAACUCCCAAAAUACCUUAGCUAACUUUACUGAGCACACGAGGACCCUGCGAUUGUACCCACGUCCCGUCGUAGCUUUUCAGAUUAAUAGCUUUCUCAGAUCAAGGCCUAGAGCAUCUGGGUUCUUAGGAAAAUUUGCUCGAACACAGGCAGUGGAGUUCCUGGCAGAGUGGUCACUUACGCCAAGCAAUGUGGCAUUCCUGCGCGUCCACACUGGUGUCCUGGAUCCCUGUCAAGUAGGGGAUAAGCCAAAGUGGUUUGCUCACACACUUACAGCUAUUCGAUUUUCGGUGUGGGACGACGGGAGCUCUCUCAACGGCGCCCUUAGGAGUCUUCAGCAAAUGGAGAAUCAACCAACGGAUGAGAGUGGAUCAGAUUCAGAGGGAGCCGAAAGUACGAGUUCUUCAUAUUCUUCUCUAAGUGAUUUUGUUUCUGAAAUGGUCUCUUCAGAUUUAUCACCUAGUCUGCAUGAUGUUUAUGGGGGUCAUUAUCAUCAGCAUCACAAUCCACAAACCAUGUCAUCAAACUUGGAUCACAAGUUAAUCUAUAGGCCGCCAAGUAAAUUACAGUAUCCACCCGGGAUGGAACCAAUACAAGAUGUUCAUGUACGACCGGACUCCCCGCAGUCGUCGUCAUCAAGCAGAUCGGAUCUGAGUUCACCGAGUUUCAAUCGCGAUUCCGAAUUCGAAUUUCCUGGAAAGGUAAAGACCGAUACUUUGGUGGCAAAAGAAAAAGAGGAGGGAGGCAGCUUUGAGAAUGAAUCUGACUCAAAUUCGACAACAACUCCUAGAACUAUAGUAUCAGGGCAAAACACAUCAAAAGAAAGCCUUAUUGAUUCGGAAAGGCGUGGUGCCGCUGCAAAAUUAUCCAGGAAUAUCAUUUCAUCUCCCAUAAGUCCAGUUUUGGCACGUCAACCUAGUUCUGGUUCAGGAUCUCAAAGUCCUCCAAUUCACCCACCACCAUUAGGUUCAAGUGGAUCAGGACGCCAGGCAAGCCAGGGAUCUCUAUUUGAGCAAUUCGCUUCCCAAGCAAAAGAAUUAGUUCGUGAAACGACACGCCAGAGCAGUCAAGACGGUCUUUUGGCGCAUGUAGAUAAACUGAAGAGUCAAACAAAGGAGAAAAUUGCAGAAGAUGAUAGAAAAAUGAUAUUAGCUCCACUAGAACAGUUGACUUUGCAUGCAAAAAAGGCCGCUGGAGAGGCCUCUAAACAGGCACUUGAGGCCUCGAAGCAAGCUGCUGGGGUGAGCAAAACAACUCUAGAUGAUCUGACAUACGUGGGAAAAUCCACUUUUGGAGAUCUCACGAAGACAGCUAAGGAGGCAGCUGCUAAAAAGGGUUUAAUGAAGAACACCGGGGAAAUGCAACCUCUGCCUCAGCCCACGCCAGCUCCUAUAUCUCCGGCAUCAUCCAUCGUUAGUACUCAAGGGAAUAAUAUGAUAGCUGGAACAGGGAGAGAUUUUUUUUCGUCGUUCAGCAGUGAAAUUAACAGCAUAACGUCUUCCACAUCGACCAUGUUUUCAGGAUUAUUUGGCAAAAAUGAGAAACACAAUACUCAGAAGGGUAAUGCAGCAGCACAGCAGAGUGGAAAACCGAAAGAAAAAUCCUUGCCAUUUGAUUCAUUUCCCGGGCGGAAAGCUCUGGUUGAGCGUACACCCCUUAUAAAGCAUUCUGGACCACGGCAGACACAGGAAGAAAUUCAGCGACAGCAGAAUGCAGAGAAGGCAUCUAGUAAUUCUGAAAAUCAAGCUUUUCUCAAAGAUCUUAUGAAUCAAGUAUUGGCCGGUGAAGGAGUUGGUUGGUUGAAACUCAAUCGUCUCAAAAAACUCAUGGAAGAUGAGUCGUACAGAAUGCUUGUGCUAGGGAAAAUCAAUAAGACAUUGGACAGAAAAAUAGCACCGGAUGAUCACAUUGAUGAUGUGUGCAUCCCAAAGCCAGUAUAUCGUGGCAUGCAAAAGUGCCUCCAAGCCAUAGCUCAUGGGCUAGAUCAUACAUAUUCGAAUUUUGGCUUAGGAGGAAUGGCUUCGGUGUUUCAAAUGAUGGAAAUUGCUCAUACACACUUUUGGAGUAAAGAAUUAACGGAAAGUGGUGGUGAUUUAUCUGCAAGUCUCCUCUCAAGUCAAUCCGUCAGUCCGAUGGGUAGUCGCGAGAACCUUCAAUCACCCGUUGGAGAAGGUGAAUGGACCGGGGUACAGGCUGGUUCUAGGAAAAAUUCCGCAGUUGCUCCACUUGAAGCAACGAGGCGCCUCUCGGAGCAUGAUCCGCAGGCACAUGCUGAAGCUCAGCAAUCAACAACGGAGAUAUUUAAGGACAUGCUUACGCAGAAGAGAAAUUUGCUUCUUAGCAAACUAACAUCAUUCGAUUCUGAUGGCACUGUGCAUGGGUCAUCUGGGGCCCUCUCAGUGGCCAGUGAUGCUCCAAUGUUGCUGCAAGCUGGAGGGGGCCUCAUACCGUCGAUUUCAUGUCGGUCAACCGUAUCAGAUACAGAAUACGAAAAUAAUCCAAAACAAACUGGUGUGAAGGAUAAAAAUCGCUCUAGUAGUAUAUGGUCCGGAAAAUCAACUCUUAGUGCAGGAUUUCGGUAUACAGGAGGGCAACUACUAACCUCCAGUUCACCAUCUCCAGACGCUCCAAGAGUUUAUUUAUUUGAGUGUCUUCUCGGGAAGGAGAGACUGAAUUUGUGGGAUCAAAUGCAAUUUUGGGAGGAUGCAUUUCUUGAUGCUGUAAGUCAGGAGCGCGACAUGAUUGGAAUGGAUCAAGGUCCGGGAGAAAUGAUGGAGAGAUAUAAAUCUCUUAGUGAUUCUGAACGGAAGCGGUUGGAACAUGACGAAGAUCGUCUUCUAUCGACUAUGUUGUAUAAUUUAACAGCAGUUUUGGUUAUGCUGAAUGUGCAUAAAGAAGAAAUUAAACGAAAAGUCAGACGUUUACUUGGAAAGAGUCACAUUGGUUUGGUUUAUUCCCAGGAAGUUAAUAAUCUGCUCGAUCAAAUUUCCAAUUUAAACGGAAAUGACAUUGAUUUAAAACCUUUGGGAUCUAGGCUUUUGCAUCGACACAGCUUUUCAGUGCAACAGGGUGUUGAUUCCACAGGUCCGUUGCGUUUCAUGGAAGUUCGUGAUGACGGACUUGUUCUUAGGUCAGUUACAGGAACAAUCGUUGAGAGAUGGUGGUAUGAGAGAUUGGUGAAUAUGACAUAUUCGCCGAAAACUAAAGUCCUAUGCCUAUGGAGGCGCAAUGGUGGUCAAACGCAACUCCAUAAAUACCACACUAGAAAGUGCAAGGAGCUAUAUAAUUGCAUUAAAGAAGCAAUGGAGCGUGGUGGACCACCAGAGUCUCUUCCAGAACUGGGUGGAGAAUUUCCAGUACAAGAUAUGACAACUGGAGAAGGAGGUUUGCUACAGGUGUGCCUUGAAGGUGUUGGUCUUCUCUUCGCCAACAGCAAGUUUUUCGUACGUUUGGACCAUAUUCGCAAGUGCUUCACCCAAAAAGGUGGAAUAUUUAUUCUCGAAGAAUAUAACCCAAAAACACGCCAAAUCAUUCAACGCAAGUACAAAUCAUCAAUGGCUGACCAAAUAUGCUAUUCUGUACUUUGUGUAUUCUCCUAUGUUGCUGCUGGGCAAGAUCAGAAGAAAAAUCCGGCUCUUCUUGCUAAUUUAACGCAGCAGCAGCAGACGGUUGUUAUGCCUCAACAGCAAAAGCAACAAGUAUCUCAGCAGAAUAAGCAACCAGUUUCUCAGCAAAAGCCACAGACUCAACCUCCUAAAGCUCAAUCCGCAAAGGAAGUACAGAAAGCACCACCAAUUAAGAGUCCGCAACCACAGGCACAGAAUACUAAGGGGCAGCAGAUAGCAAUAAAACCCUUGGCACCACCCCAGAAACCCAUUCUCACUACAACUGCAGUCCAACCGCAAGUGGAGUCAACAUCACCCAAGUAUUCAUCUCCACCACCAUCGAUAUCACCGCCAAAGCCAAAGAGUCCCCCACAGCGUCCACCAAGUCUUCCAUCGCGUAUCCUUAGUCAGUCAUCGAUACAGAGUGAACCCCCAUCUAAUAAAACCACACCAAAAGUUCCCCAAAUUCCACCUAGAGUUCAAUCUCAGGGAUCUGUGGGAAUGCGUGGUCCUCCCCCUGCAAUUCCGCCACGUACCAAUCAAGCUCCACCGCCACUUGUACGCGCUGGAACUGUGCAGCAGUCUAGCACUGGUGCUAGUCGUCCUCUGAUGCGCCAAGCGUCUGCUACCUCAAUUCCACCGCAAUGUACACCUCAACCUCCGCCACCUUUCGUUAUUCCCCAACGACAUUCCUCCCGGGCGAAUUUAAUGGGACGGCAAACCUCUAUGGGUGGUAGUCCUGGCGGAGGUUCACCGCAAAUGCCAAGAAGACACUGACAGAGGGCUGAGGGACAGUGGAUUGAGCAGCACAAGAAAAAUGGGGAUUUUUGUGAUUUUAUUUGUAUGCCAUGGAACUAGAUGGCUAGUUGAUAACUUUAAUUUUUCUUUUUUAUACUACUUGUAGUUUAAAAUAUAUUGAAAAAUUUAUUUAUAUAAAAUUGCCGGUUUUAAAGUAAACCAUGUUAAUAGUAUAUGUACCUAUGUUAAUUAUUUUUGUUGAAUAUCUAAAGUUUUUUAUUUAACUUUCAAUCUUUAUUGUCAGCAUAACAUUACAAUACAUAAAAAAUACCUAAUAUCCUAAGUCGACAUAACAAAGUAUAUUUUAAAUCCGGCUAUAUGUUUCACAUGUAGAUUAGAAAAAAAAACUAAUGAAAAAAACUGAAAUUUCAUUUAUAAUAUUUAUUCCAAUAAAAAAAUAUUAUUGCAAUUAUUUUUUGUUACAAAGUAUAGAACAUCUCCGGAAAUCUUGACAUAAAGAAUAUUCAGCAAUAAUUCGCUUUAUGGCAAUUUCAUGUUCAAACAUAUAAAGAUGGAUAGUGAAAAAAAAACCAUUUACAUGUCGAAUCCAUAUAAUUGUUUCCUAAAAAGAAAAUCAUUAGAAAGUGUAUAGAAAAAUUCAAUGUGCAAACAUAUCAUAAAUACUUUGCUUUGUGAUGUUGUAAAAAAUAUGCAUAUUUUUUUAUCAGCAGCUAAUAUGUUUUCUCUGUUGUACCUUGGUUGCCUUUAUUAGAAGAACACUUUUCCUACACAGUGGAUAAGAAACAAGAUGAAAUUUAUUGAGCAACAAAAGGGUGUGUUUACAUAAUGAGCAGCAAGCACAAAAAGUAAUGUAUUUUUGUAAAGUAAAUACCUAUACUUCAAAAGCCCAAUCUUAUGUUUUAGAGAAUAUGGUAAAUGUUGUUGAAUUACAUUUGAAAUUAUAUUUGAAAAAAAAGAGUUAUAAUUAAUGUGUAUUUAAGGAAAUGAAAAGGGAAUGGUUAAGCGCAAAUUAAAAUGACAUAUGGGGGAAAUGUAAUAAUGGGUGAGAGGAUAGACCAGAGUUAUAGUAUACAAUAUAGACUAGAUACAUAUGUAUAUAGGGAAAAAUUACUGUUGAUUCUACACUUAUUGAUGUAAAAGUAAAAAUCUAUUCAAUAAAAGAAAAUGUAAAUUACCUUAA